GUAUUCUCUCUCGGCGACCAUGCACCGACCGCUGUGGUUAAUAUUAUUGGCCACAGUUUGUGAAGCUUUCUACGAUGAAUACAAUUUAUAUAACUGGGAUAACGAUAGGGUCGAUGGUCAUAGGCCGAACGAUUUGCAUGUUCAUUUUAUGCAUGGAAACUUUACAGACACACUGAGAAGAUUUGCUGGCACAUAUUAUGAUGAUUCUCGGCGAGCUAAAGACAAUAAGCUAACUUACGACAAACUUAAAUCAAGACUACGAGGACUUAAAGUGUAUACAUUCCUGAGUCACUCAGAAGACUUCGAGACAGCCCAAAGUUCUCAGCUACCUUUAUCAGAAGGAUCUACGUACUGUACGAUGGGCAGAAACACAAAGGUAGGCUGCAAUCACUGCACGUGUGUCGCUGGACAACUUUACAUGUGCACUGGAAUGAUCUGCCCCUUCAAACCGCAUAUAAAACAUAAACCUAAUAAAACAUUGAGAGCCUCACGAUCCGAAUGCGUUGAUGGUACGUCGUACAUGGAUGACAAGGGAUGCAACCAAUGCUACUGCAUCGAUAACACAGAGUACUGCACUUUAAACGACUGCGGUUCCCUCGGAGGAGAAAUGCGGAAGCUACGGACGGAUUUCAAGUGCGUUAAUGGUACGUCGUUCAUGGAUGACGAGGGAUGCAACCGAUGCUUCUGCGUCAAUAAUCGCGCGAUCUGCACUAUGAAAGCCUGCCUAAAGAUAAGCGAUAAAGAUAAAGCGUUGUUGAGAGCCACACGAUCCGAAUGCGUUGAAGGUACGUCGUACAUGGAUGCCGAGGGAUGCAACCGCUGCUACUGCAUCGAUAACACAGAGUACUGCAGUUUACAAGACUGUGGUUUCCCCGGAGGGAAAAUGCUGAGGAUAAGGACGGAUGUGAAAUGCAUUAAUGGUACGUCGUACAUGGAUGACGAGGGAUGCAACCGUUGCUUCUGCAUCGAUAAUAAUGAGGUCUGCACUAUGAAAGCCUGCAUAAAGGAAAGCGCGUUUUGCUUAGUAGGAUCAGUAAAACAAAGCAUAUGUGGAGAAUGCGUCUGCACCACGGGAAGGUGGGAUUGCCCUAGUUGUGAAUAUAACGAGCUCUUUACCAAAAUACAUAAACAUAAGUUAAGAGUCCAAAAUCCUGAAUGCGACGACCAUCCAGCGGGUGACUGGUUCCUAGAUGAAGACGAAUGCAAUCACUGCAUCUGUAUGAAUAAUAACAAAAUCUGCACUAAGAUGAAUUGCUUGAAGGCAGAAGGAAGUAAUAAAGAUAAAGCAUUGAGAGCCUCACGAUCCGAAUGCGUUGAUGGUACGUCGUACAUGGAUGCCGAGGGAUGCAACCACUGCUACUGCAUCGAUAACACAGAGUACUGCACUUUACACGACUGCGGUUCCCUCGGAGGAAAAAUGCGGAAGCUACGGACGGAUUUCAAGUGCGUUAAUGGUACGUCGUUCAUGGAUGACGAGGGAUGCAACCGAUGCUUCUGCGUCAAUAAUCACGCGAUCUGCACUAUGAAAGCCUGCCUAAAGAUAAGCGAUAAAGAUAAAGCGUUGUUGAGAGCCACACGAUCCGAAUGCGUUGAAGGUACAUCGUACAUGGAUGCCGAGGGAUGCAACCGCUGCUACUGCAUCGAUAACACAGAGUACUGCAGUUUACAAGACUGCGGUUUCCCCGGAGGGAAAAUGCUGAGGAUAAGGACGGAUGUGGAAUGCGUUAAUGGUACAUCGUACAUGGAUGACGAGGGAUGUAACCGUUGCUUCUGCAUCGAUAAUAAUGAGGUCUGCACUUUGAAAGCCUGCAUAGAGGAAAGCGCGUUUUGCUUAAUAGGAUCAGUAAAACAUACCAUGUGUGGAGAAUGCGUCUGCACCACGGGAUUAUGGGAUUGCCCUAGUUGUGAAAAUAAUGAGCUCUUUAACAAAAUACUAAACACCAGGUCAAGUCCAAGAUGCUACUCUGGAAGCUCCAAAAUGGUCGAUUGUGGAAAAUGCUUCUGUGUCUCUGGAAAGUGGAUCUGCCCUAUCUGUGACGAGCAACACUCACGUCUAGAUAUGAGCAUGACCAGAAGAGGAGGUGACAGAAGGUGUGUACACGGCGAGCGAUAUAAAACGGAUCCUUGUAAUUACUGUGUAUGUGUUGACGGCCACGAUAUAUGCACGAAUACUGAUUGUGCCGCCGUUAAAUUGGAUAAUGUUCUACGAAGAAAAAAAGAAUGUGAUACUUUUGACUCGAAACGUAUAAAAUGUAACCGAUGUACGUGCAUGUUUGGAAAAUGGGUCUGUACCCAUUUUAAGUGUAAAACCAAAUUAAAUAAUGAUGAGAUUGAAUACAUUUCUUGGGAAAAUGAUCCAUUUCCCGAAUUUGUAGAAAUUACCGAAGCUGAAGAUCACGAUAAAGUUUACGUAUCGAAUGAAACAUUUUAUGCUGAUCUGCUCACGAGUCCUAACCAUCAUCAUACUAAACAUUCUUCUAAAAGUGAUCGUUUUAAAAACUAUGACAAAAAGAGUAAUCGUCUUCGUCAUAAACACCGUCACAGACACCAUAAACACAAUACGUUACGAAUGAGCGAACAGGACCUCCUUGGUGGUGAGAAUAGGAAAUGUAAAGUCGGUGAGAGGUUCAGAUUAGGCGCCUGUAAUUAUUGCUACUGCAAUGAACAUGGUGUCCGCGUAUGUUCCCGACACAACUGCAAAAAUUACAAAUCCGCUGUUAAUAAGACAGAGUAUUCACCCAAGCAGUACAAAGAAGAACUAUGCAAGAUUGGAUACAGAUUCAGACUGGAUAAAUGCAACUACUGCUACUGCAACGAACAUCGUAAACUCAUAUGUUCAAAGCACAAAUGUGCAGGCAGUAUCCCACCUCCUUCCUAUUUGCGGUCAAUAUUUGACAUGGACUGUGAAGUGGGACAUGUUCUGGUUGACAGUUGCAUAAUCUGCACCUGUACUGAAAACAAAACAUACGUUUGCGUCACAGAAAAUAAAGAUGAAUGCGAACCACUUGAUAUUUCACAAAGAAUAUAUUCAGACGAUGACGAUGACGUCUGUUUCAACGGCACUAAACGACCAAUAAACUCUUGCAACUAUUGCUAUUGUAGAGAUGGAAUCGAAUUUUGUACCCUAAAGCCCUGCUGGAAUAAUAUACAGACUCCCUACAUAUUCAUGGAGCCAGAAUGCGACGAAGACACACCCAUACCCAGUCCUGAUCCCUGCAACACAUGCAUCUGUAUAGACUCAGAUAUACUCUGCACAAAUAUACCCUGCCCACUACACACAAGAACAUCAGACGUCUCAGUAAUGAAUCACCAAAAUUGUGUUGACGGACAAGUAUAUUCAAUAAAUUAUGGAUGCAACGACCUCUGUGUCUGUAUGAAAGGAAAAGUUAUUUGCACUAAAAAACGUUGUUUUGACGUACUUAGAAGUGGUCUAACAGAAUUAGAAAUAGUCCGUUCAUUACUACAGUCAGAUUAUAGUCAAUCACAAAUGACACAGCCGGCGCCAGGGUCUGGCUGCAGACAAAAUAAACUUUACCGACCCGAAGAUGAUGAUCCUGAUUGCCCUAAUGUAUGUAUAUGCGAUGGAAACGAGUUGUUAUGUACACGCCGAAAAUGUGACAAAAAAGUUUCUACAUUUAUCAAAGCUAAAACUGGUUUCCAAGCACUUCGAGGGUCAUUGAAACGACACAUUUGCAAUGACUAUGAGCAGAUUCCGACUGAUUCACCUUGCCUCAUCUGCGUGUGUUUUAAUGGUGGACCAGUUUGUACACCAGCAGACUGUGCUCUAGAUCCAAAAAUUAAUUAUGACAGUGAUGAAGAGAGCGAGGAAUUUAAAAAAAUUGUUAGAGAAUUCGUUGGAACGGAGAGCAAAUCUAUUAGACCUGGGAAGGAUAGUACAUUCUGCGAACCUUUUACGUUCUUCAGUCCCGACGGUAAUAGGUUCUGUAGGAGCUGUUUCUGUUUACACAACGGACUCGCUUUAUGUUUAUUGAGUAUAUGCAAGUAUCAUAGAGAUGACCACAAACCCAUCGUCCACCUAGACCUACAGAAAUCAUGCGUGCCUGGUGAUGUGACGCGUCCACACAGGUGCGUCUAUUGUACUUGUUCUUCAAAGGCGGUUUGGUUCUGCCAAAAAGAAGAUGAGUCUAUGUGUCACGAAACGGACUGUGAUGAUAGCGACGAGUUUCACAUGGGGUUCUCACCGUACUGUGCUGAGUGCAAAUGUGCCUCGAAACAAAGAUAUUGCGCCAUAGAGGCUAAAUCAUGUCCAGAUUAUAGUAAGUAUGUUUACGAUUUCUUAUUUUAA